AUGUCGUCCUACCUCUCGAACCUGCUCACAAACACCACCUCGCGCUACAACUCGUUGCGCCGCAACCUCCUCGACAGCGAAGCCGACGGCGACACCGAAGACGACUCGCACAUCGCCCGCGUGCUGCGCGCGUACUACCAGGAGAAGGGCCGCCCCUUCCCGCCAUGGCUGCCGCCCGACCCACGCGCGCCUUCGCCUGCUCCCACGCAGCAAUUCGUCCGCUCCACCGGCCCUGCUGCCCAAGCCCCCCCGGGCAGCAGAGGCGGCCUCAGCGAUCUCUGGGACGCUCCCGCCUCGCAGACGCCGCCGCCACAGCCCGGCUCUCUGAGAAGCAGAGCACCGCCCAGAGGAGGCCCCGGGGCUGGCAGGGGCGGCUUGCUGCAGCCUGAGCCCAGCCAGGGAGGCGGACGACCGCUGCCCAGCCAGCGUGCGGGCAGCUACCAAAGCUCGUUCUCGCAGGGCUCGCGCCCCUCGUUCGACUCGCAGCCACCGGGCAGUGCGGGCAGCGGCUCGGCGCAGGACAGGUUGAAGGCACGCCUCUGGGGCUCGGGCAGGUCGGGAAGCCCCACAGGUUCACAGAGCAGCAGUCCGGCAGGUUCACCAGGAGUUCCCACGACAGGAGCCAGAGACCCGUUUAUAAGAUCACACAGUGCUAACCCUAGCGGUAGAUGGGGCGGCGGUAGUCGAGACGAAGGAGGCCAGGGCCGAGUCGGGCUGCCUAGCGGGCCUAGAGCGUACAAAUGA